CGCAUUACAAUAAUACAAUUUGAUCGCAGUAGAGAGAGAGAGAGAGAGAGCCGCGGGUCCUGUCACCUCUCUACUUUCGUCAUUUUCGCAACUGCAAUCAAUGCCGUGCCCAGUAUAUAAAUCGCAUGACUACUCGGCGCACACUCAGAUGAGAUCCCCCGCCAUUAUUUUCUCCACCUAUCCCUCGUUUUCUCGGAGAAAAAGUACACCCGCUUCUUCUCUCGUCUAUUCAUUUUCUUCCUUCGGCAGCCGGAGCGCAGAUGUCGGAUUUUUCGGCGCGUCACGUUGUUCUCAUCGCUGCCGGGGCCAGCCAUUCCGUUGCCCUCCUCUCUGAUAAAGUUGUUGCUACAUGGGGACGAGGCGAAGAUGGACAACUUGGCCAUGGUGAUGCUGAAGAUAGUCUUCUUCCAACCCUUCUGAGGACAUUGGAUAGCUCGGAAAUAUCAUCGAUUGUUUGCGGAGCUGAUCAUACUAUAGCAUAUUCUGAAUCUGAUUUGCAAGUUUAUAGUUGGGGAUGGGGUGACUUUGGGAGGCUGGGCCAUGGUAAUUCCAGUGAUGUUUUUACUCCACAGCCAAUUAAGGCACUACAAGGCAUAAGGAUUAAACAGAUUGCUUGUGGUGAUAGCCAUUGCCUGGCUGUAACCAUGGAGGGAAUAGUUCAAAGUUGGGGGAGGAACCAAAACGGGCAGCUUGGCCUUGGCUCUAAUGAAGACUCUCUUGUACCACAAAAAGUUCAAACUUUUCAGGGAAUUCCUGUUAAAAUGGUUGCUACGGGUGCUGAACAUUCUGCUGCCGUUACAGAAGAUGGCGAUCUUUUUGGAUGGGGUUGGGGUCGGUAUGGAAAUUUGGGCUUUGGUGACAGAAAUGAUCGUCUUGUACCAGAAAAAGUUUCCAUUCAUGAUCGGAUGGUACUUGUUGCAUGUGGCUGGCGUCACACAAUAACAGUUUCCUUCUCUGGUGCUCUCUACACUUAUGGAUGGAGCAAGUAUGGUCAACUGGGGCAUGGGGACUUCGAAGAUCAUCUCAUUCCUCAUAAAUUGGAAGCCCUCAAAGAUUGCUCAAUAUCUCAGGUAUCAGGCGGGUGGAGACAUACUAUGGCUCUCACAUCUGAUGGAAGGUUAUAUGGCUGGGGUUGGAAUAAGUUUGGACAACUAGGCGUUGGUGAUAAUGUUGAUCACUGUUCUCCAGCUCAAGUAAACUUUCCUGUGGACCAGAAGGUUGUCUUUACGUCUUGUGGAUGGCGGCAUACUCUUGCCGUGACAGAGAGAAAAAAUGUCUUUUCCUGGGGUAGAGGAACAAAUGGUCAACUUGGACAUGGGGAUACACUUGACAGGAAUACACCCAAGAUGAUUGAGAUUUUGAGCUCUGAUGGUUCAAGUUGCAGCCAGAUACCAUCCUCUAGAGCAGAUCCACUACAAGGGAAGGUCUGGGUAUCACCAUCUGAAAGAUAUGCGCGUGUUCCUGAUGAAACGGUUCCGAACCAAGGAACAAACUUAAUGGAGGGUAAUGGGAAUGAAGCAGAUGUACCGGAGAAUGACGUUAAGCGGCUGCGCCAUUAGUCGGCUUCUAAUCUUUUAUGUUUGUAAAAAUAAAAUUUAUGUAUGAGCUGGAAGUAUGAAGAUGUUAUGUAGUUUUCUCCAGUCCUGCUCUUUGUUUGCCUAUGGUAGC